AUGCUAUCAUGUUUUGCGUGCCUAUCAGUAUUAGUCAAUUACAUCGUUUUUAUGACAUUCUAUCCAGCCUGUCUUUCUUUAAUAUUAGAGCUGUCCCGGAACACUUCAAUGUAUGGCAAAAAUAGCAUUUUAUCGAGAGUAUUUCGUGAAGAGGACCACAAAUCGAACCCUGUGGUACAACGCGUUAAGCUUAUAAUGUCUGCUGGAUUAAUGAUCGUUCAUGCACAUAGUAGGUGGCCAUUCAGGGAAGACAAUACAGAUGAUAUCGGCACAUUGGUCGUUGAACAACGUAUGACUUUAAAUCGCACCGAAGAAAAUGCUCUACAUGGAUAUAUAAUAAAUAUAGCUCAGUUCUGGAUGCAAGGGAACCUUAAUUCAUUAGGCGGUCGUUUAAAUUAUAAAAUUUAA